GACGUCAUAAUUUGUGUACUAGCAAAGCGGACAUUUUAGAAGUUUGAAGGUAAAGGAGAUUAGCUGUCGACUUUCAUAUAAUAUUUUCGUCUCACAAAUUUGAGGUGUAGUUAUGCUGGUUUUAUAAUUUAAUUCAAGAACCGGGUCGACCUCGUUCUUUGAACUCGUAAAGAAGUUGAGUCCAAAUUUUUGUAUCGUAUGCGGGCAAGAUCCUGCUGCUAAGCCCGUCAUUUUGCAAGUGUGCGUUGUUUUUUUAGCCCGUUAAAAGAGGGCCCUUUCAGCUCUCAGACGCCAAAUCUAGUUGUUUUCUUCAAAAUAGACGCAUGGCCCGUGAACGUAUACAUUAUAACUUGUGUCUUUGUCAUUUUAUUAAGAUAGCUAGAUUAGAAGCGCUUUGGAAUAUUGCUAGGCCAACUGGCUUGCUAGCUAACAAUUGACAACCCCGCGUGCGCCAUCAGCUUUGUGAACGUGAAUUAGCCAUUAGCUAGCUAGUUUACGUUACUUGCUAAUCUAAUUUAGAGACCAUGGCAGAGUUGUACAUUCGCGUGGGAGAGGAUGAAAACGAAGAGCCAAUGGAGAUCCCAUCUGAGGAUGAUGGCACUGUUUUGCUGUCAACAGUAGCAGCCCAGUUUCCCGGAGCGUGCGGCCUACGUUACAGGAGCCCUGCGUCUCAGUGCAUGCGAGGCGUCCGUCUAGUUGAGGGCAUCUUGCAUGCACCUGAGAAUGACUGGGGUAGUCUGGUGUACGUCGUUAACUACCCAAAAGAUAACAAAAGGAAGAUGGAUGAAAUGGAUGCCGCCUCUGCUGUAAAAAUGAAGAGAGGUAUUGAUAGAACAUCAGACCUCAUUAUCCUUGGGUUGCCAUGGAAAACAUCUGAGCAAGAUUUGAAAGACUACUUUGCCACUUUUGGAGAAGUCAUCAUGGUGCAGGUCAAAAGAGAUGUCAAGACUGGGAACUCAAAAGGGUUUGGCUUUGUUCGGUUCACUGAGUAUGAGACUCAAUCCAAAGUGAUUUCUCAGCGACACAUGAUCGAUGGAAGAUGGUGUGACUGCAAAUUACCAAACUCUAAGGCAGGGCCUGAUGAGCCCAUGCGCAACUGUAAAAUCUUUGUUGGUCGCUGCACAGAGGACAUUACCACUGAUGAGCUCCGGCAGUUCUUCAUGCAGUAUGGCGAGGUCACUGACGUCUUCAUUCCUAAACCCUUCCGGGCGUUUGCCUUUGUCACUUUCUCAGAUGACCAGGUUGCCUCAGCAUUGUGCGGAGAAGACCUGAUCAUCAAGGGUGUCAGCGUGCACAUCUCCAACGCCGAGCCUAAGCACAAUAAUAGUAGGCAAAUGAUGGAUCGUGGGGCUGGUGGGUUCGGGGGUCAGGGCUAUGGCGGUGGUCGUGGAGGGCUACCGAGCAGUGGCAGUAGCGGGGUGAAUUUUGGGGGCUUUAGCCUUAACCCAGCCAUGAUGGCUGCCGCUCUGCAAAGUAUGCUGGCUAACCAGCAGGGUCAGACCAAUGUGGCAGGCACUGCCAUCGCCGGGCAGACAAGUGCCACCGGAGAUCAAAGCCAAGCCUAUAGUUCUAGCAGCACCAGUUACAGCAGCCCCAGCGCAGCUAGUCUUGGGUGGGCUGCAGGCACUAACUCUGCCUCCGGCAGUGGGUUCAGCUCUGGCUUUGGCACUAUGGAGUCAAAGUCAUCAGGUUGGGGGAUGUAGAGAGCUUUGAUUGAAAGUCUUAUUUCUAGAUUAAUCUGGUAAGUAUUUUGAGGGGCAAGAAAGAGUUAGUCAUAUCACAUGUCUCUGCUAUUUAAAACUAUUGCCUUUUUUGUCGUUUUGUUUUGUUAAGAAGACAUUAAUUGUGUGUGUGACUAAUUCUGUAGGAAAUGAGUGCGAGUGGUUGAAGUGUAUAGUUAGUGGUAAACUACUACACAUGUAGUUUUUUUUUUUUCUUGAGAAAGAUAUUUUGUAAAAGACAUCAGAUGACUGCAUGCUAAGUAGAUAUUUGAGUAUCACGACAGGCCCCCCCCAACCACGUGUAUAUGGAAUUGGAUUUGAUGUUUAAUCUCUGUAUGCAGUUGAUUGUAUCUUUGUUUACCAUUUUAUGGAAACGCCUUCAUGAAAAUCUCUUCAACAGUUAACCAACUGUUUUCGAAUUUCCCGGGAAGAAGCCCCUCGUUGGCAGCAAUGUUCGACCGAACUCAGUAUCGGUACCCCUCUUCCCAUGUGUAAAUGCUUUGCCAUCAAAAGACACAGCUUCACUCUGCAUAUACUGUGUUAGACGGUGGGUGUUGCCUUUUUUUCUCCCCUCUUCAUGGAUAUACAAAUCUUGUCUGCUUUUUGUAUCGCUUUUAAGAACAAUGCGAUUGUUGGUGGCCAAAGAGUGAGACUGAGUGAGCGAACGGUAAAGAAAGCAAGUGUGAAGAGGACUGGUUGUGCGAUGCUAAAGGGCCAGAUGUCUGCGCGAAUUAAGAAUAACCUGUGGCUUUGUGCGAGUGUGAAAGGAAGAAGCAAGUACGAGUGUGUUCCAUAUGACCAUCAAAAGGACAUUUAUCACAUAUCGAGAUCCCCAAAGUCUCCUUUCUCUAAUAUUUCUAUCAAACUUAAUCUUAAAUACAGUGGAAUGUUUAGUGCUAUGGAUAUUUGUAUCCUUUCUUGCUGUCUGAUUUGAUGUGAAUGCUGUGUGCUUUAUUUUCUUCUUGUUCCUACCUACCCCUUUGUGUGAAAAUGUGACCUGUUGGUGAUUCUGUGUUGAGAGCACUGGGGGAGCUUGGAGGAGUGAUGUGCAAGUGAACUCGUGUGUCUUAAGAGGGUGCAGUGGCGAGCGUUUGACGAGUCCCUAUUGAAAGUUUGUUGAAGUGUUUUUGAAUGCAUUUUAUAUGUUUUGUGAAUCAAAGGGAAUUCUCAAAUAAAAUUUGACUAGGUAUUUUGCCUACCUUA